GACCUGACUCACCACUUCUCCCUCACCCGAAGCUGAAGCGAGUCGGAGUUUCGUGGACGCGAGCGCCCAAACGUUGAUCCGCACGCUUUUCGGUUGGGGCUCUCGUGUUGUUCGCUAUCGGGGAGAAAGGUGUACGAGAAGGCUUUCCUGGCCGAGGGUUCAUUUUCCGCCACGGUAUCCUCCGUCGGCCAAGGAGAGAUCAUUUGAUGGUUCGAGCUGUGAGACACCCAACGCUUGCAAUUCUCGGUUAUACAUAGACUACCGAAGAAUGAGAUGGAUCUUCACACCAGCCCCCGUAGUUGUGGAGUCAUCGCCGAACGCUGCGAAAACCAAACUGACUCGGGGCCCGAUAGAGUUUAUCAAGCACCAGAACCAAGGCCGAAUUUAGCAACCCAUGCAGCCGAAAACGCUGCCUUAUCACCGCCCGUGCAGUUUAUUUGUGCCAGGCACGGAGCGAAGAAAUAGAACCGCGUUGGUUCCGGAGAGGCCGGUGCCCGGUGGGCAAUGAUAACAUGAUAACAGUAGUACUGAAGAGGCAGAGAACAGUGAAACUACCUGCUGCUUUGAGAGAUGGGCGCGAAGUAGCUCGCUGAUCAGCCUCCUGCAGAUUUUCUCGAAUGUCUUGCACGCGGGGGCGGCGGCCGUGCCUGUCUCUGCAUCGCACUCUCGGGAUCAGAUUCGGCAUGGGCGUCUGGGUUGGAAGAGUGGAGUUGGACUUGU